GGGUGCAAAACCCAUUAUAAAAGGCCAACAACAGAGAGAGAGAGAAAGACAGAGAGAGAAGACAGAGCAUCCUCAUAGAGGCCAUUGCUCUUACAAAAAACAACCACAUUCUCUCUCUCUCUCACUCACUCUUGUUCUUCAUUCCUUUUUUUUUUUACCUCAUUUUUUUCAACCCUUUAUUUGCUUUGGUUCCAACCAGAGCUAGUCUUGGCUUCCACAUAAUAACUGACAUCAUAAGUAUUUUGCUCACGGAAAUUAAGGAGCCAUGCAAUUAGCAAACUAGCACCACUCUUCCCUCAUCCAUUUUCUGUUCCCUCAUUUCCUCAAAACAAAGAAGCAGUGUUCCAAGAUCUAGAAGGUGCAAGGUGUGUUCCUCUAGCUUCCUUUUUGCGUGACCCCGAAGCAAAACACAUACUCCAGUAUAUCAAAAUCAAACUACCCAAAAGAGAAAAGUCUGCUUCAUUGCCAAAAUGGAAGCGUUUCAAGGGGCGAGGGAUGACAUUUCCUUCCAAAUUGGCCUGAUUUGGAGCCAAGUGAAGGAGCCAGUGAUCGUGCCACUGCUGAGAGUGUCAGUGUUUCUGUGCUUGGCCAUGUCUUUGAUGAUGCUGGUGGAGAGGGUGUACAUGGGCUUCGUCAUUUGCUUGGUCAAGCUCUUUGGUCGAAAACCCGAGAAGCGUUACAAGUGGGAGCCUAUGAAGGACGACGUUGAGUUGGGAAAUUCCAUUUAUCCAAUGGUUUUGGUCCAAGUCCCAAUGUACAACGAAAGAGAGGUUUAUCAACUAUCGAUUGGUGCCGCAUGUGGUCUUUCUUGGCCUUCAGACAGAAUCAUCAUCCAAAUUCUCGAUGAUUCUACUGACCCAACAAUCAAGGAAUUGGUGCAAAUGGAAUGUAGCAGAUGGGCGAGCAAAGGGGUGAACAUAAAGUACGAGGUGAGGGACAACAGAAACGGUUACAAAGCUGGGGCUCUUAAAGAAGGCAUGAAACGCAGCUAUGUGAAACAAUGUGAUUAUGUUGCAAUCUUUGAUGCUGAUUUUCAACCAGAGACUGAUUUCCUAUGGCGAACUGUCCCAUUCCUUGUCAACAACCCUGAACUUGGUCUCGUUCAGGCACGCUGGAAGUUUGUGAAUGCAAAUGAAUGUUUGAUGACCAGGAUGCAAGAGAUGUCACUGGAUUACCAUUUUACUGUGGAACAAGAAGUGGGGUCUUCCACUUACGCCUUCUUUGGCUUCAACGGGACUGCGGGUGUAUGGAGAAUUUCGGCUCUGAAUGAGGCUGGGGGGUGGAAGGAUAGGACCACAGUAGAAGAUAUGGACCUGGCUGUCCGAGCCAGUCUCAAAGGAUGGAAAUUCUUAUACCUAGCCAAUUUGAAGGUUAAAAAUGAAUUACCAAGUACUCUAAAGGCCUACCGGUACCAACAGCACAGGUGGUCUUGUGGACCAGCCAAUCUUUUCAAGAAAAUGUUCACGGAGAUUAUGAGAAACAAGAAAGUGUCCUUGUGGAAGAAGAUAUAUGUGAUUUACAGCUUCUUCUUUGUCCGGAAGGUCGUGGCCCACAUCAACACUUUUGUGUUCUAUUGCAUUGUGUUACCUGCAACAGUUGUGGUGCCUGAGGUUGCGGUUCCCAAGUGGGGUGCUGUGUAUAUCCCUUCCAUUAUCACCCUCCUAAAUGCUGUUGGAACUCCAAGGUCACUCCACUUACUGGUCUUCUGGAUUCUUUUUGAGAAUACCAUGUCUCUGCAUAGAACAAAGGCGACAAUUAUUGGUCUACUAGAGGCUAGUAGAGUGAAUGAAUGGAUUGUCACUGAAAAGCUUGGAGAUGCUCUAAAGGGUAAAGGUGGGGGUAAAGCACCCAAGAAGUUUCGAUUCAAGAUUGGAGAAAGGAUUCACAUGUUGGAACUUCUAGUUGGAUUCUACCUCUUCUUCUGUGGCUGCUAUGAUAUCAUGUUCGGCAAAAACCGCUUCUACAUAUUCCUAUAUAUCCAAUCAAUUGCUUUCUUCAUCAUGGCAUUUGGAUAUGUUGGCACUUUCGUUCCCAACUCCUAGAAGGACUUGACACACUUGAUUCAGAUAUCUACAUAUUGUAAUAGUGUUCGCAGUAUAAUCUGUGGCAUUAGAAAUUAAAGCUUGUGUUAGCAUAAAUGAAUGCGUGGUCAUUCUUCAAGGUUCCCAUAAUCAGAGUCCGUGACCCGAAACAGUUUUUUGUGAAUAUUCAACAAAGAUGCAUAAGGAAAUUACGUAAGUUAUUCUCUUGGAAUUGGAAAUGAAGCAUACAGAAAAUCGAUACAGAAGUCUACAGGCAUCAAUCAUCCCUGGGCAAACAUAUUUGAUUGGACAGAUGGUUAUUAAGAUUUUGUAGUUCUUUUUUCUUUUCUUUUUUUAUUUUUAUUUUUUAUUUUAUAAGACUUUUCCUUCUUUUGCCUUUCUUUACUUGAAUUUGUUUGAAGAAAUAAUAAACAGCUUCCAAUAAAUGGGGUAGAUUACAGAGUUUCAAGUUGAA